AUGAAUCUUGUUGUGAAGCUUCGGAGAAGUUUUCGAACAUUGAUUGUUCUCUUAGCCACCUUUUGCUUGGUGAGCAUUGUCAUUUCUGCCUAUUUCCUCUACUCUGGCUAUAAACAGGAAAUGACACUUAUGGAAACCACUGCAGCAGCAGAAUGUACUGACGUUAAAAUCCUACCAUAUCGGUCAAUGGAGCUGAAGACAGUCAAACCUAUUGAUACAUCGAAAACUGAUCCUACUGUCCUCCUGUUUGUGGAGAGCCAGUACUCUCAACUUGGUCAAGAUAUUAUCGCUAUCUUGGAGUCCAGCCGAUUUCAGUUCCAUAUGGUCAUCGCCCCUGGCAAGGGAGACAUACCUCCUCUAACAGAUAAUGGCAAAGGGAAAUAUAUUUUAGUUAUUUAUGAAAAUAUUCUGAAGUAUGUCAGCAUGGACUCAUGGAAUCGAGAGCUUUUAGAAAAAUACUGUGUGGAAUACAGUGUUAGUAUAAUUGGUUUUCAUAAAGCCAAUGAAAACAGCUCACCAAGUACACAAUUAAAAGGUUUUCCAUUAAACCUUUUCAAUAAUCUAGCUCUAAAGGACUGUUUUGUCAACCCUCAGUCUCCUUUGCUGCAUAUUACCAAAGCCCCCAAGGUUGAGAAAGGCCCUCUUCCUGGGGAAGACUGGACAAUUUUCCAGUAUAAUCAUUCAACCUACCAGCCUGUGCUUUUAACUGAAUUACAGACAGAAAAAUCCCUUUCAUCCUUCUCCAGCAAACCACUCUAUGCGACGGUGAUUCAGGAUCUGGGGCUUCAUGAUGGAAUUCAGCGAGUUCUUUUCGGCAACAACUUAAACUUUUGGCUGCAUAAGCUCAUCUUCAUAGAUGCCAUCUCCUUCUUGUCAGGGAAGAGGCUGACAUUGUCUUUGGACAGGUAUAUCCUUGUGGACAUUGAUGACAUCUUUGUUGGGAAGGAAGGGACAAGGAUGAAUGUCAAAGAUGUGAAGGCAUUACUAGAGACUCAAAAUUUACUGCGCACUCAGGUUGCAAAUUUUACCUUCAACCUUGGAUUUUCAGGGAAGUUUUACCACACAGGGACUGAAGAGGAGGAUGAAGGAGAUGACCUUUUACUUCGUUCUGUGGAUGAGUUCUGGUGGUUUCCUCACAUGUGGAGCCACAUGCAGCCCCAUCUCUUCCACAAUGAGUCAUCUUUAGUGGAGCAGAUGAUUCUCAACAAGGAAUUUGCACUGGAACAUGGAAUACCUAUCAACAUGGGCUAUGCUGUGGCACCACAUCACUCAGGGGUCUACCCAGUUCAUAUUCAGCUGUAUGCAGCUUGGAAGAAGGUCUGGGGUAUUCAGGUCACCAGCACUGAAGAGUAUCCACAUUUGAAACCUGCACGGUACCGAAAGGGCUUCGUUCAUGAUAGCAUCAUGGUCCUCCCUCGACAGACCUGUGGGUUGUUCACACACACUAUUUUCUACAAAGAGUAUCCAGGAGGCCCCCAAGAAUUGGAUAAAAGUAUCAGAGGAGGUGAACUCUUCCUCACAAUCCUUCUGAACCCAAUCAGCAUUUUCAUGACCCAUUUGUCAAACUAUGGGAAUGACCGCCUAGGGCUGUACACCUUUGUGAACUUGGCCAACUUCGCGCAGAGCUGGACCAACCUGAAAUUGCAAACUCUGCCUCCAGUGCAACUAGCCCACAAGUACUUUGAGCUCUUCCCUGAGCAGAAAGACCCUCUCUGGCAGAAUCCAUGUGAUGAUAAAAGACACAAAGACAUCUGGUCCAGAGAGAAAACUUGUGACCAUUUACCAAAAUUCCUUGUAAUUGGGCCACAAAAAACAGGAACAACAGCACUUUAUUUAUUUCUUCUUAUGCACCCUUCCAUCAUCAGCAAUCUCCCCAGCCCCAAAACAUUUGAAGAAGUCCAAUUCUUUAAUGGCAACAACUACCACAAGGGAAUUGACUGGUAUAUGGAAUUUUUCCCUACUCCAUCCAACAUUACAAGUGACUUUCUAUUUGAAAAGAGUGCUAAUUACUUCCAUUCAGAAGAAGCUCCCAAACGAGCUGCAUCUCUGGUCCCCAAAGCCAAGAUCAUCACCAUCCUCAUUGACCCCUCAGACAGGGCAUACUCUUGGUAUCAGCACCAAAGAUCACAUGAAGAUCCAGCUGCCCUGAGGUUUAAUUUCUAUGAAGUUAUCACAACAGCACAUUGGGCCCCAUCUGACCUGAAAACUUUGCAGAGAAGAUGCCUAUUACCUGGAUGGUAUGCGGUCCACAUAGAAAGAUGGCUAACUUACUUUGCUGCUUCUCAGUUGCUAAUUAUUGAUGGACAGCAGCUGAGAUCUGACCCAGUUACUGUGAUGGACGAAGUCCAGAAGUUUCUGGGAGUUACACCUCAUUAUAAUUACUCUGAAGCACUAACUUUUGAUCCCCAGAAGGGCUUUUGGUGUCAACUAGUGGAAGGAGGAAAGACCAAAUGCCUUGGAAAAAGCAAAGGUCGAAAGUAUCCACCCAUGGAUCCAGAGUCUAGAACCUUCCUCUCUAAUUACUACCGAGAUCAUAAUGUGGAACUGUCCAAACUACUACACAGACUGGGGCAGCCUCUCCCAUCAUGGCUGAGACAGGAGCUACAAAAAGUGAGAUAG